AUGCAAAGAACUAUGCUGAGACAGUGGGACCGUCUCUCCAAAGAAAACCCCACCCCUCCUGCGGUCCAGCCAUCAAACAUUUUUCCAAUGGCUACUUCCACACCGCAUGUUCCUGCAAUGAACAGAGGUGAACCUACACUUCUCACCAACCCGUCCCUCAGCCCUAACACACUGGAGCUGAGCAAUACUUCCAGAGUGAUAGCAGCAGCUCUGCACCAUGCCAAGCUGGAACCUCCCGUAUUCGCAGCGGACAACAAGACUGUUUUUCUACCCUCGGACAACCAAGAACGCAUUCUGAGAGGACUGUUGGAUCGUAUCCAGGCUCAAGAUGAGCCCCUGCCAACUUUUGUCGCCCAUAUGCUGAAACUGUCUACUCCGUUCAUUUUGGGAAUGGAUUUCAUGACUAGAGCCUCUAUCUCCAUUCAUAUUCCCACAAGAACAGUGUUUGUAGACGAUGCCCCCUGCCCGCUCAUGGAUGAGGAGGACAGUCCAGCGGAUUUCACAGACCUCGAGGAGGUGCUUACCAGACUCCAAUCUGCUGGCCUGUCGCUUAAGCUCAGAAAGUGCCAGUUCUGUCUCGAAGAACUCAAUUUCCUCGGCUACCGCAUCACAUCUUCGGGUAUUAAACCGGACCCGGACAAGAUCAAGGCAGUGACGGAAUUCAACACCCCAACUACCGUGAAACAUGUCCGGCAGUUCCUUGGCCUGACUGGAUACUACCGCCGCUUUAUCCAGGAUUUGCUCGGCAUGCUGAGCCUCUACAUGCGCUCACAAGAAAGGAUGCGACUUUCCAGUGGGACGACAACUAAUCCGACAGGCAGGCUUGCCCGCUGGUCACUCCGACUUCAGGAUUUUGACUUCACCAUAGUGCACAAACCUGGCAUACGCAACAAAGUGCCAGAUGCGCUGUCUCGAAAUCCAUUGGCCUCAACUUGUGACUCUCCCAUAGAUCUCUUGCCGGAGCAUGCUGUUAUUGGCAGUUUGGACAUUCGUGCCCUGCCCCUUGUUCUGCUAGCAGAUCGCUCUCAAAUCAGGCAGCUGCAGCUUGAUGACCCGGUCACUGGGCCGUUGUUAAGGGACAUUGAGACAGACUCACAAAACAAUGUGGACAAUGUUAAUCUGCCACACCAGGCUCCUGACAAUAACCAUGAGCCCUGCCGACGAGCUGAUGGAGGCCGGGGUGACGUCCCAUUGAAGUCGGAGGUGGCGGAGAUUUCCUGGACAUGGAAGAGCGUGUCCUCAGAAGUCACAUCCUGGUCCCACCUCUGUCCAGACCAUACCAUCGUCACGUCCUGGUCCCACCUCUGUCCAGACCAUACCAUCGUCACGUCCUGGUCCCACCUCUGUCCAGACCAUACCAUCGUCACGUCCUGGUCACACCUCUGUCCAGACCAUACCAUCGUCACGUCCUGGUCCCACCUCUGUCCAAACCAUACCAUCGUCACGUCCUGGUCCCACCUCUGUCCAGACCAUCGUCACGUCCUGGUCCCACCUCUGUCCAGACCAUACCAUCGUCACGUCCUGGUCCCACCUCUGUCCAGACCAUACCAUCGUCACGUCCUGGUCCCACCUCUGUCCAAACCAUACCAUCGUCACGUCCUGGUCACACCUCUGUCCAGACCAUACCAUCGUCACGUCCUGGUCCCACCUCUGUCCAGACCAUACCAUCGUCACGUCCUGGUCCCACCUCUGUCCAAACCAUACCAUCGUCACGUCCUGGUCCCACCUCUGUCCAGACCAUACCAUCGUCACGUCCUGGUCCCACCUCUGUCCAGACCAUACCAUCGUCACGUCCUGGUCCCACCUCUGUCCAGACCAUCGUCACGUCCUGGUCCCACCUCUGUCCAGACCAUACCAUCGUCACGUCCUGGUCCCACCUCUGUCCAGACCAUACCAUCGUCACGUCCUGGUCACACCUCUGUCCAGACCAUACCAUCGUCACGUCCUGGUCCCACCUCUGUCCAGACCAUACCAUCGUCACGUCCUGGUCCCACCUCUGUCCAAACCAUACCAUCGUCACGUCCUGGUCCCACCUCUGUCCAGACCAUACCAUCGUCACGUCCUGGUCCCACCUCUGUCCAGACCAUACCAUCGUCACGUCCUGGUCCCACCUCUGUCCAGACCAUCGUCACGUCCUGGUCCCACCUCUGUCCAGACCAUACCAUCGUCACGUCCUGGUCCCACCUCUGUCCAGACCAUACCAUCGUCACGUCCUGGUCCCACCUCUGUCCAGACCAUACCAUCGUCACGUCCUGGUCCCACCUCUGUCCAAACCAUACCAUCGUCACGUCCUGGUCCCACCUCUGUCCAAACCAUACCAUCGUCACGUCCUGGUCCCACCUCUGUCCAGACCAUACCAUCGUCACGUCCUGGUCCCACCUCUGUCCAGACCAUACCAUCGUCACGUCCUGGUCCCACCUCUGUCCAGACCAUCGUCACGUCCUGGUCCCACCUCUGUCCAGACCAUACCAUCGUCACGUCCUGGUCCCACCUCUGUCCAAACCAUACCAUCGUCACGUCCUGGUCACACCUCUGUCCAGACCAUACCAUCGUCACGUCCUGGUCACACCUCUGUCCAGACCAUACCAUCGUCACGUCCUGGUCCCACCUCUGUCCAGACCAUACCAUCGUCACGUCCUGGUCCCACCUCUGUCCAGACCAUACCAUCGUCACGUCCUGGUCCCACCUCUGUCCAGACCAUACCAUCGUCACGUCCUGGUCCCACCUCUGUCCAGACCAUCGUCACGUCCUGGUCCCACCUCUGUCCAGACCAUACCAUCGUCACGUCCUGGUCCCACCUCUGUCCAAACCAUACCAUCGUCACGUCCUGGUCACACCUCUGUCCAGACCAUACCAUCGUCACGUCCUGGUCCCACCUCUGUCCAGACCAUCGUCACGUCCUGGUCCCACCUCUGUCCAGACCAUACCAUCGUCACGUCCUGGUCCCACCUCUGUCCAAACCAUACCAUCGUCACGUCCUGGUCCCACCUCUGUCCAGACCAUCGUCCCGUCCUGGUCCCACCUCUGUCCAAACCAUACCAUCGUCACGUCCUGGUCCCACCUCUGUCCAGACCAUACCAUCGUCACGUCCUGGUCCCACCUCUGUCCAGAUCUCACUAUGGUCCCGUCCUGGUCCCACCUCUGUCCAGACCUCACUAUGGUCCCGUCCUGGUCCCACCUCUGUCCAGACCUCACUAUGGUCCCGUCCUGGUCCCACCUCUGUCCAGACCUCACUAUGGUCCCGUCCUGGUCCCACCUCUGUCCAGACCAUACCAUCGUCACGUCCUGGUCCCACCUCUGUCCAGACCUCACUAUGGUCCCGUCCUGGUCCCACCUCUGUCCAGACCAUACCAUCGUCACGUCCUGGUCACACCUCUGUCCAGACCAUCGUCCCGUCCUGGUCACACCUCUGUCCAGACCAUACCAUCGUCACGUCCUGGUCCCACCUCUGUCCAAACCAUACCAUCGUCACGUCCUGGUCCCACCUCUGUCCAGACCAUACCAUCGUCACGUCCUGGUCCCACCUCUGUCCAAACCAUACCAUCGUCCCGUCCUGGUCCCACCUCUGUCCAGACCAUCGUCCCGUCCUGGUCCCACCUCUGUCCAUACCAUCGUCACGUCCUGGUCCUACCUCUGUCCAGACCAUACCAUCGUCACGUCCUGGUCCCACCUCUGUCCAGACCAUACCAUCGUCCCGUCCUGGUCCCACCUCUGUCCAGACCAUCGUCCCGUCCUGGUCCCACCUCUGUCCAUACCAUCGUCACGUCCUGGUCCUACCUCUGUCCAGACCAUACCAUCGUCCCGUCCUGGUCCCACCUCUGUCCAGACCUCACUAUGGUCCCGUCCUGGUCCCACCUCUGUCCAGACCUCACUAUGGUCCCGUCCUGGUCCCACCUCUGUCCAGACCUCACUAUGGUCCCGUCCUGGUCCCACCUCUGUCCAGACCUGACUAUGGUCCCGUCCUGGUCCCACCUCUGUCCAGACCUCACUAUGGUCCCGUCCUGGUCACUGUUGUAUUUAUAA